AUGGCUGAGGCCGUCGGGCUCACCGCGAGCAUCAUCGCCAUCGUCGAGCUCUCCGCCAAAAUCGGGAAACUCUGCGUCCAGUACUCGACCGAAGCAGGAAAUGCGAGGACUGAGAUUAGCCGACUCGAGAACCGUCUGAAGGACCUGAACGCAUGCCUCGAAGCGGCCCAGCGACUCCUCGACGACCCGAAAAAUACGGCGCUUGCGACAGCGCGAUCGCUAGUUGAUUCAUUAAAUGCCUGCAAGAGAGAGCUAUCAGAGGUGCAGGACAAACUCGAUCCUGGGAGUGCGCGGAAGGCCAUGCGUCGAUUUGGUCUCCGCGCGCUCAAAUGGCCGUUCGAUAGCAAGGAAAUCAGUACGGUUACAUCAAAUCUUGAGCACUACAAGCAGACAAUCACAUUAUGCCUACAAGUUGACCAAACGACAAUUCUGCUCGACAUGUCGCAAAGGGUUCAUGGUUUAUCGCUACAACAAGAGAGCACGACUUCAGUAGGUCGCCCGCCAUGUUUCAAUGUCCCAUUUGAUCGAGAUCAAGACUUCGUCGCACGUCCCGAUAUGACGGCGUGGCUCAGAGACAAGUACAGUAGCUCUACAGGUCGUAUGGCUCUUGUAGGCAUGGGAGGGUUUGGGAAAUCGCAAGUUGCCAUCAACUUUGCCUAUUCGAUUCACGAUGAGAAUUCCAGCGUCAAUGUAUUCUGGGUCCAUGCAAGUUCAAAACCGAGAUUCGAAGAAGCCUACCGCGCGGUAGCAGAGAGGAUGAAAUUACCCAAACGGGACGAGCCAAGCACGGACAUCCUUGCUCUUGUUCGAGACUGGCUACAGAACGAUGAAUCUGGUUCUUGGCUGAUGAUUAUCGAUAAUGCCGACGAUGUCAAUCUCUUCUAUCCCAAGAGCACCGAUGAGCGCCCCCUAGCGUCUUUCUUACCCAAGGCUCAGCAUGGCACCAUCCUCGUCACGUCUCGCAGUCUUGAUGUUGCGGAGAGGCUGACAGGUAGUCAGAAGAACAUCUUCCAGGUGUCUUCCAUGGACGAGGCUCAAGGCCUCCAUCUUAUCAGAAACAAACUUACCGUUGAAUUUGAGCUUGAUGCUGCUGUUAAGCUCCUUCAGGUUUUGGAUUACAUCCCCCUCGCUAUCACGCAAGCUGCAGCCUACAUCAACCGUCGAUCACCCCGCGAAUCUGUUGAAACCUACUUGAAAUCAUUCCAAGAGAGUGAUCAGAAGAGGAAAAGCCUUCUAGAGGUCGACCUCGGUGAUCUCCGUAGAGACGAGACUGUUUCGAAUUCGGUGAUCACAACAUGGCAGGUUACAUUCGAGAAGAUCCGUCACGAAAGACCAGUUCGCACUUCACUUCACUACUACAACGGCAAGCUUAAGCAUCGGAAAGACAAAGCUGUCGGCUUUGAAGAUGAUUUAGACGUGCUUCGAAGCUAUUCCCUAGUCUACGUGACUGCCAAUCGAGACGUUUUCGAGUUGCACUCGACGGUGCAAGCCUGCACCAGAGCCUGGACGUCAUCCUCGGACAAAUUGCCUGAAUUGAAGAGCCUGUUCAUACAUUCCAUGUGCGCAAAUUUCGAGCCUCCCACAUUUGAAAACUGGCCUACAUGCCAGCUGCUUCUGCCGCACUUGGAGUCUGUAACACAGGAAGAGCCGCAGGCGGAUGAUGUAGAACUGUGGGCAACGUUACUGGGUCGUUGCGCAGGAUAUAUGAAUAAAAUCGGCAAGUACGAAGCAGCUGAGGAGAUCAGCAAGAAAGCGAUUAGGGCAGGUUUGCCAAGUCUUGGGGAAGAGAAUAUGACUAUCCAUAGGUGUUUGAACAUCUUGGCUAAAGCCUAUAGGAGGCAAAAGAAGUUGGACCAAGCUGCAAAGAUCCAACUUGCGCUCGUUAACACCUGCGAGAGGAUUUGGGGAGAGGAGCAUAAGCUAACCCUAAACACUACGAACGAUCUGGUGGCUUUGUGUACUCUUCAGCAUCGAUAUGACCAGGCCGAAGAACUUAUCGUCAAGAUCUUGGAAAUCUCAAGAAGGACCAGCAUAGACAGACAAUCACUUCUCGCAUUGGAAGCUAAUCUGGCGCGAGUAUAUUCAUACCAGAACGAAUACGAAAAGGCUAAACAGUUAGGAAUACAAGUGGUAGAGGCACAAAAGAUGUUGUUAGGGUCAGAGCACCCAGAGACGCUACAGUGCAUGGACAACUUGUCUUGGAUAUAG